AUGUUUAAUAUGCCUACUAGUAUUCAUCAUCCUACUAUCUAUUCUGUCCCUCCUAUACCUGGUGUUAGAUCGAGUUCAUCAUCCAAUAAACAUAAAUCAGUACUAUUGGAUCAUUCAGAAUCUUCAUCAACCACUUCUUCAGCUCAAUUUUUAAAUUCUUCGUUUGACACGUUCCAACUGAGUAAUUCUAAUCCCAAUAAUUCCGGUUUAAAGCGAGUAGAUAGUAAUAGUACUAUUGUAUCUAACGAAACUCAUUUGGAUUCAACUAGUAUCAGUGAUAAUAAUUAUAAAUUAGUUAAAAUGGCAAGUCGUAAUUCGGUUGAUUCAAGUUAUAAUUCAAAAAUAAGAUAUAAAAUAGAAUUACAUUUCAAUCGUCAACAAAUUGAAUUGAUUCGAUAUAGUUGGAAUAAAGUCUUAUUAGAUGAACCAUUAAUCAAUGAUAAAAAGAAUCUUAAAGGAAAUAAUAAUAUCAAUACCAAUGAUACCAGCAAUUCCUCCAAUAAUAAUAAUAAUAAUAAUAAUUAUUUUAAUUUCACUAAUACUUCAACAGUAGCAUCAUCAUUGUUUUGUCGACAAUUUUAUGGGAAUUUAUUAUCAAAAGAUGAAAAUUUAGAGAAAAUGUUCCCUAGUAUUAAACAUCAAGCUAUUGCUUUUGCUGGGGUAAUGUCAAUGGCCAUAAGUCAAUUAGAAAAUCUAGAUGCCAUGCAAUUAUAUUUAAUCAAAUUAGGUAAACGUCAUGCUAGAAUCUUAAAUAUAGAAGGAUGUCAUUUCGAAUUAAUGGGUGAAGCAUUGAUUCAAACAUUUCAAGAACGGUUUGGAAUUCAUUUCACCCAAGAAUUGGAAAUCUUAUGGAUCAAAUUAUAUCUCUACUUAUCCAAUUCAAUCUUACAAUUCGGUAUGGAUCCUGUAUUGAAAUUAUCUCCUUAUGAAAUGGAAGAAUCUCGAGAAGAAACUGAAUCAGUAGGAGAAGGUAAAUCAUUAUCAAGUUUUUCAUUUUUAAGAAGAUCAACUACAGAAUCAUCCAUAGCUUCUAAAGAUACUUCAGUCAAUUCCAUAAAUUUAUCCAAACCAAACUUACCUUCCAAUGAUUCAGCUGAAAAUAUAUCCCUCUUAAAUGGAUUAGGUUCAAUUAAACCUCCUCCUGGUAAAGAACAUAAGAGAAGAACUUAUUUUGCGAAAUUGGUAUCAACUACAAGUCGUCAUGAAAAUGAUCCUCCAACCAAUAUCAAUACAACAGUCAAGUCAAAGAAGAAAGAUUGUGUUAUAAUGUAA